AAAAUAAAGGCUGGGCAAGGGGGUGGCUGCGCUGGGGAUCCACGGGAGGACAGCUUCCCGGUGCCAAAGGAAGCAGCAGCCUGGCCCCUCCUAGGGAUGGAGCCUGCAGGAGAGGGGCCGGGGCUGCGUCCUGCCCAGCCGCGCGAAGGACGGGCCCCCUCCCCCUGGCUCCUCCGCUGGCCGCCCAGCCCGCUGGAGACCGACUCUCGGCCGCGCGCGAAGAGCGAAGGGGACGCGGGGCAGGUGACAGCUCGCAGCGCGCAGUGGCCGAGACGCGCCUACGUGACGGGGAGGGACGGGCCGCGGGCGCAGGACCGAGCUGGGUGGGCGGAAGCAGAGCGCGCUCCACAUUCUCGGGAUCGUUCUCGCCGGUUGCAGCGGCCUCCUCGCAUCUUCUACCCAGAAACGCUUCCGCUUCUGGGCCCCGCCGGCAGGCCGGUCACCAUGGCUCGGAGGACGGUCACCACGACUCCAAGAUCGGCUGGCGGGCAGGUCACCGCGGCCCCCGCGGCCCCGAGGACGGUCCCCACGGCCGUCGCUCCGCUGCUGGAGCCCGCGUUGGCACUGCUGUUCCAGGCGCAGCUGAUGGUGACCAUUGCCACCAACUCUGACUUGGUUUUCGAGCAGAAGCAGGUAGCCCCUGCCCCUGAGUCCUGCAGGCCCAAUGAGUACUGGUCUGCUGGCCACUGCUGCGUAUUGUGCCCGGCUGGUACGUAUGUCAGCGAGCCCUGCAGGAGCCCCCACAGUGCCGGAGUGUGUGUGAAGUAUGACACAGGGACAUUCACCUCGUUCCCUAAUGGCCUUGAUUCCUGUUUCCUGUGCGACCUGUGCUCCAGUGACGAAGAGAUGGUGGUGGACUGCACAUCAACCAGCAACCGCGUGUGCCGCUGCCAAACUGGUCAUUUCUACCGCCACAAAGACUUUUUUGACUUUUGCAGCCCUUGUAGCACGUGUCCCAGAGGGAGUGUUGCCCUCCAGAAAUGCAAUGCUACAGCAGACACGGUGUGCGGCUUGCCUGAGCCACCGGACACCAGGCCGUCCCCGCCUCUUGGCUGUUGUGAAUAUUGCCGCCAUGAGCAAGGGCUGCAGGUGUGCCCCUUGCCUUCGGUGCGCAGACACCGGUGGUUUUUGAUCGGGAGCUUUCCUUUUCUUCUGGUUAUUUUGGUCUUCACCUUUGUCUACGCUGCAAAACCAGAAGACGGCAUCUCGGCUGGGUGCCGUUGUUGCCCUGACGGAGCCAGCGAUAGAAGCGAGAAGAUGUUGACUGAUAAGUUAGCAUGCAGCACGCCGUGCAGCCAGAUCCAUCAUGCAGGGCCUCCGGUCCUCACGGUGGAAAACCGGGGCCUGUCUGCAGACGAUUUACAUAUGGUGUCUGAAGCCCCGACCUUCACCAGCACCUGGGGGAGCCUGGAAGAUGUCAAUGGCCUGCAGGCUGCAGCAAGUGAAGGAGGCCAGGCCCCAGAGCAGUCGCCCGUGGCCUGACCCUUCCGUGUCCUUCUGGACCUGAGGGUCAAGGUCCUGACGUACCUGGAACAGCCACCUCGAGAAGUUGCUGCCUAUUUGUGUAACAAGUUCCGGAAAGCCAAAGGAGGAGACCUCUGAAUUCACCUGCCUAAUAAAUGUAUUGGAGGAACAUUAAAUCAUGCUGGGCAGAUGGUGGGAUAGAUGAGGAAAAGCAGCAAUUUUUUUUUUUCUCAUUAAAAAAACUUCUAUUCAUUGAAAGGCAACAUUCAGAAAGUGAAAACAAUACAUAGAUUUGAACAUGCUAUUUGCAGUAUAUAUAAUCAAGAAGAAUUAAUAUCCAGAAUACAGACAGAACUACAAAUCAAUAAGAAAAAGACAAACCAACAGAAAAAUGGGCAAAAGAUACAAACAGGCAAUUCAUAGAUGAGUGACUAUAGUCAACAAAUAUGAAAAAAUACUCAACCCUACUAAUAAAUCAUGGGUGUAUAAAUCAAACUAUCAUGAGAAUCCAUUGCCCACUUUUCAGAUUUUAAAAAAAAUAAUCUGACAAUACUAAGGAUUAACAACAGAAUUCUUAUACACACCUGUCAGCUCUGUAUACUUCUACAGUCACUUUGGAGCACUCUGUCAUCAUCUAAUAAAGUUGGCAAUGUGUAUGUAACCCAAUAAUUCCACUUCCUAGGGUGCCCAAAAAGGCAAGUAAAGGAAUGUUGACAGUAGUGUUGUUUGUAACAGCAGGCAACUGGAAACACCUAAAUAUUUAUUAAAGGAGGAGAUAAACUUAAAAAUUGUGGUGUGCUCAUUACUGUUAUGGGAUGAAUUGUAUCCCCCUAAAUCUGUAUGUUGAAGUCCUAACCCCCAGGACCUCAGAAUGUGACUGUUUGAAGAUAGGCAGUUUCAGAGGUGAUUAAGUUAAAAUAAGGUCCUAUGGGUGGGUCCU